CUUGGUAAGAAGGGAGUUACCCAGCCCCGGAAGCCUCAAAAACCCCUCCGUGGCUAGGAGCAGGGCAUCCUGGGCCUGACUCAUGACUUCAGGAGUUUUGGAGGGGCACUGUCUUCUGAAUCUCAGUUUCCUGAGGUCGCAUCCACCCCCAAGGCUGUGACAUGCCUUCCCCACCAACCAUUAGUGCUUUUUUGGCCUUCCUUCCUUAGAAUGCUAUUUUCUUCCAAAGCCCCAGCCUCCGCAGCACCCAAGGUCUUCGGUAGUCUUGUCUCUGCAUUGUUGGUGGUAUAGCCCUCUCCUCUCUUCCUCCUUGAGAGGGGAUGGUCCUUGGAGUUGUCAAGGAGCACCCGUUCUCAAUGUCCCCAAAAGUAGUCUUAGCAUGGCCACCUCCAUUUCUGUGCAUAGGACACUUGCAAGGGGCACAGAUGGUGUGUCGGGGAUGCUCUGACUGGCCCUAAGUCUCUUUUUUAGUAGAGAUUACUCCAGAUAAGUAAGUUCCUUAAAAAAGAAAGUGAGGAGAGGCAUAGUUGCUCCCAGUCCUUUCCGUUCCUCUCACUCUACCCCUCCCAGCCACCAAGGGUAAGGUUUUCAGUCGUGUCAGCAGUUGGCAGAGUAUGUGGGCUGGCCUGGUGCGGAGGUACAUCAGGAGCCUAAGAUGUGCCCGUGAGCACUUGUAUCUCUUUCUGCUCAGGACUGCCCUGCCUCAGCCCCCAAACUGGCACCAGGGCUGAGUUGUGUGGGCAGUAUGCCUGGGGGUGGGGGAGAGGUCAGAGAGACCUCCUCACCCUGAGAGAUGGGUGCUUCCUGGUCUAUGUUACUCUCCCCCCAGCCACCCCCGGGCCACUAGCACCAGGUCACAGAUUCAGGGCCAUGCACAGUGAUAUCCAAGCAGACAGCAAAGUGCCCUGCAGAGGGGCAGUGAGCAUCCCCAGGGAAGGGAGGCCUCCAGCAGGUCCAGUUGUUGGAGGAGGAAACCAAGACCCUUCUGCAACUGCAGUUGCAGCAGGAAGCCAUUCUAGUGCACCUGCUUCCUCUGGGCUGGCCUGCAGUGAGGCGGGUGCCCGCCUGCUUUCUGUUCCGCCCUGGGGCUGGGGAGGGCUCUGGCUGGAGGCUGCACUGCAAGGGCCAGGUUGUCCCUGCCAAGCUCGUCUCCCCCUCCUCCUCUGUCUGGUAGCAUGGCCUUCAGUUCAUUCCCUAGAGAGCUUCCCUUCCUCUCAAGCAGUUCCAUGUAAAGCAUAUUCAGGUCGGUGGGUGGAGGGGCGGGUCAUCAUUGGGAAUCCCUGCUUUCCUCCCAAGCUGCUGUUCUGGCAGCUGAUAUAGAAGGACAACAGUGCAGGUGAGCCAGGGGAGAUGGAGGGUAGGGCGUGCCUCCAUCCCUUAAAGUGAGCAGUGGAGGUCUCUCGCAGGAGACCUGAGUGUGAAUCCCAGAUCUGCCACUUGCUGCUGUGAGGCUUUGGGCGAGUCACCUGACCUUCUGAGCCUCCUUUGGCUCAUUUGUAAAGUAGCAAUCACACAGUCACACUAGUAUCUAUUUCAGAGGGAUGUUGUGAGGAUCAAAUGAGAUGAUUCAUGUGAAGAAUUCAGCACAGUGCCUGACACAUACCAAAUGCUCAAUAACGAUUAACCGUUUUUUACUAUUAUGCUAGUAUUUCUUCCCUUCUCCUUUGUUCCUCCCACCCCCCGUCGCCCCCAAUCCCUAGAUAAGUUGGUGCUAGGUUGGGACUGGGAGGAAGAAGUCUCCUGGGAGCUGCCCUCUGUGCCUCCGAAUGGGAAAGAGGGAGGAGAGGAGAAUGCCCUGCCUUUUGGUCCUCAGAAGGAGAAACCUUGGGUGUGUGAGUGCUGGCAGAAGCGGCGAGGUGGGGAAGUGACCUCGGCCACGUCUCGGCUUCCUCUGGGCACUCUCUUGAGGGUUACCUGCUGCUCUCAGGGGCUUGCAGUGUGCAGAUGUCUGGCAUGGAUGCUUGGGCCUCAAAGCAUUUGUCCAGGCCAGGCAUUCCAGGCCUGAGGGACUGCCUGAGGCAUGGCAUUAUUCUCCUAGAAGCAUUUGUGCCCCCAUUCCCUCCUGUGAGGGGCCCAGAAAGUGCAUGUUAAGGGCGAGUGGGCUCUGCUGGCACGAUGGAGGGUAAACCCCAGCUGCUCCCAGAGCGUCAGAAGCCUGCUGGGGCUGAGGCUUGACAGUCCCUCAGCACAUUUCUUGGAUCUCUCCUCUUUGAGAACAAAUGCUUCUAGCUAUUAUCUGUUUUCCUUUUUCUUUUUUAUUGACUAUUUAGCCAUCUUCACAAUAAAAAUAAGGAGUAAGUAACAAAUACAUAACAAAAUAAAUACCAAGUGUUCCUAUUGUGUCUAAUUCACACAGUUUAUAAGAUUAUUAUGAUCACUCUUUGUAUACUAUUUGAGUUCCAGUUUUUUUGAUUGGUGUUAUUUUAUAUGGAGCUUUCCAUAUGGUUACGUUGUCCACACAUUUGUCAGUUUAAAUGGCAAUAUAACAACGGGUUGUACCUAACCAUUUCCUAAUUCUAGGCAUUUGGGCACUUUCCAAUUUGGAGCUGUUAUGUAGAGUGCAUCUAUAAAAAUCUUUGCAUUUUUUUCUUUCUCUUUAUUUCUUUAAGUCUGCUCAUUGGACGUACAUUCCUGAAGAUGGAAUGACUAGGCCAGAGGAUGAUGCAUUUUGUGGCUGUUGUUCCACAAAGAGCUACUAAGCGAUUUCAGCGUCCUCACCCUCCCCACAAACCCAGGCACUGAGUUGACUAUGUAUUCAGUGUGAGCAGGUUUAGAGAUUAUACCUCCCUUGUUUGUACCAUGUCCCUGGGAAUCAGAAUAGGCAAGUGUUGUUCUCCAUAGAUUACAUCUGGGGAAGAGAUUAGAUGGGAAUAAGAGGUUUGUGCAAAGAACCCCUGUCCCAGCACUCUCGUGCAGCUAACAUUUCUUAGGCACCUACAAUAUGAUGAGUAAGAUGGGUAAGUUCUGCUCAGGGGUGAAUCACAGUCCAGGGAUGACAAAGACACACCAACAGCUCCCCAAGAUCCACGCUGGUUGUGGCUCCCAGCUCUGCCACUUAAUAGUUGCAGGGCUCUCGGCAACUCACCUUCUUUAUUUCCUUACCUAGAAAGUGGGUUGUUGUGAGGAUUCAAUGAGGAGACCUGUAUGAAGUGCCUUCCCCUGUGCCUGGCUCAUACGUUUGUCCUGGCAGGUUCUGGCUUUUAGGAAGACUCUGAGACACCGCGAGACCCUGCCCCCAAUUUCUUCUCUGGCUCAGGGUACAGGUUACCUUCAGCGUCAUGGCCUUUUCAUCAAGGUUCGCCUUCUGGGAGCAAAAGGUUAAAGAGGAGGACAAAACUCUGCCAAAGCCUGGCUCUCCUGGCAAGGAGGAAGGGGCUCUAGAGGGCAGCUCAAAGGAAGGCAGCGGCCCAUCUAGGAGUCCUCAGCCUCCCACCAGCCCGAUACCCCCAGAGACUUCCCAGAGAGCCAAGAGCCCUGCACCCACACUCGCCAUGAAUGGCCUGGGAGCUGCCACAGCAGAAGGCCCAAGCGAAGAGGUCCAGGGCCUGUCCCGGAAGCGGGUGGCAAAUGCAGUGAGGAAGGUGGUGAGUAAGGUGCUGCCCAGCGAGGAGCUUGGAAAUGCCAAGGAGCCCCCAGGCAGAGGAGUCAAGUCCCCUGAGCACCCAACUCGAAGCAAGAGGGGAGAAAAGGCAGCUUCUAGUCCCAAGCCGCCACCCCCUCCGCCACCUCCCCCUGCUCUGCCUAAGCCUGAAGCGAAGAAGGAGGCGGCCAAGGAUGAGCUCUCCCUGGGCCUGCGGAGCCUGAUGUCUCGGGGCAGGGGCAAGGAGCACAAGGCCCGCGGCAAGCAGUCUCCUGGGAAGGGGGAGAAGCCCUCCAGCCAGGAGCCAGGCUCCCCAGACUGGGUGGACUCCCCAGAGAAAGCAGGAUCCCCGGCCAAGCCUGAAACCCCAAAGAAGCAGCGCUCCCCAGCCCCACGGGAGGAGCUGGCGGCCCCAGGCUCCGCUGGCCUGAAGUCAGACCUCACUGGAGAGCAGCAGUCCAAGUCACCAGUCCCUGGUGUGAAGCAGGAGGCAGGAGCUGCCAAGGUCCAGCUGACCCCCGUGGAAGAGGCCCACCAGCGGCUGGAGAGGAUCUUCACAGCUUCUCUGGACUCUGAGGCCGCCUCUCGUGCCCACAGCCAGGCGAAGACAGAAGAGCAGAUUGCAGCGGAGGAGGCCUGGAAUGAGACGGAGAAGGUGUGGCUGGUCCACAGGGACGGCUUCUCACUGGCCAGUCAACUCAAAUCCGAGGAGCUCAGCUUGCCUGAGGGGAAGGUGCGCGUGAAGCUGGACCACGAUGGGGCCAUCCUGGAUGUGGACGAGGAUGACGUGGAGAAGGCUAAUGCUCCCUCCUGCGACCGUCUGGAGGAUCUGGCCUCACUGGUGUACCUCAAUGAGUCCAGUGUCCUGCACACCUUGCGCCAGCGCUAUGGCGCUAGCCUGCUGCACACGUAUGCUGGCCCCAGCCUGCUGGUUCUUGGCCCCCGUGGGGCCCCUGCUGUGUACUCCGAGAAGGUGAUGCACAUGUUCAAGGGGUGUCGGCGGGAGGACAUGGCACCCCACAUCUAUGCCGUGGCCCAGACCGCAUACAGGGCGAUGCUGAUGAGCCGUCAGGACCAGUCGAUCAUCCUCCUGGGUAGUAGUGGCAGUGGCAAGACCACCAGCUGCCAGCAUCUGGUGCAGUACCUGGCCACCAUCGCGGGCAUCAGCGGGAACAAGGUGUUUUCUGUGGAGAAGUGGCAGGCUCUGUACACCCUCCUGGAAGCCUUUGGGAACAGCCCCACCAUCAUGAACGGCAAUGCCACCCGCUUCUCCCAGAUCCUCUCCCUGGACUUUGACCAAGCUGGCCAGGUGGCCUCAGCCUCCAUUCAGACAAUGCUUCUGGAGAAGCUUCGUGUGGCUCGGCGCCCAGCCAGUGAGGCCACAUUCAACAUCUUCUACUACCUGCUGGCCUGUGGGGAUGGCACCCUCAGGACAGAGCUCCACCUCAACCACUUGGCAGAGAACAAUGUGUUUGGGAUUGUGCCACUGGCCAAGCCUGAGGAAAAGCAGAAGGCAGCUCAGCAGUUUAGUAAGCUGCAGGCGGCCAUGAAGGUGCUGGGCAUCUCCCCCGAUGAACAGAAGGCCUGCUGGCUCAUUCUGGCUGCCAUCUACCACCUGGGGGCUGCAGGAGCUACCAAAGAAGCUGCUGAAGCUGGGCGCAAGCAGUUUGCCCGCCAUGAGUGGGCCCAGAAGGCUGCGUACCUACUGGGCUGCAGCCUGGAGGAGCUGUCUUCAGCCAUCUUCAAGCACCAGCACAAGGGUGGCACUCUGCAGCGCUCCACCUCCUUCCGCCAGGGCCCCGAGGAGAGUGGCCUGGGAGAUGGGACAGGCCCGAAACUGAGUGCGCUGGAGUGCCUUGAGGGCAUGGCGGCUGGCCUCUACAGCGAGCUCUUCACCCUUCUCGUCUCCCUGGUGAACAGGGCUCUCAAGUCCAGCCAGCACUCGCUCUGCUCCAUGAUGAUUGUCGACACCCCAGGUUUCCAGAACCCUGAGCAGGGUGGGUCGGCCCGCGGAGCCUCCUUUGAAGAGCUGUGCCACAACUACACCCAGGACCGGCUGCAGAGGCUCUUCCACGAACGCACCUUCGUGCAGGAGUUGGAAAGAUACAAGGAGGAGAACAUCGAGCUGGCGUUUGAUGACUUGGAGUCCCCCACGGAUGACUCUGUGGCUGCUGUGGACCAGGCCUCCCAUCAGUCCCUGGUCCGCUCGCUGGCCCGCACAGAUGAGGCAAGGGGCCUGCUAUGGCUAUUGGAAGAGGAGGCUCUGGUGCCAGGGGCCAGUGAGGACACCCUCCUGGAGCGCCUUUUCUCCUAUUAUGGCCCCCAGGAAGGUGACAAAAAAGGCCAAAGCCCCCUUCUGCGCAGCAGCAAACCACACCACUUUCUCCUGGGCCACAGCCAUGGCACCAACUGGGUAGAGUACAACGUGACUGGCUGGCUGAACUACACCAAGCAGAACCCAGCCACCCAGAAUGCCCCCCGGCUCCUGCAGGACUCCCAGAAAAAAAUCAUCAGCAACCUGUUUCUGGGCCGCGCAGGCAGUGCCACGGUGCUCUCUGGCUCCAUUGCGGGCCUGGAGGGCGGCUCGCAGCUGGCACUGCGUCGGGCCACCAGCAUGCGGAAGACCUUUACCACGGGCAUGGCGGCUGUCAAAAAGAAGUCACUGUGCAUCCAGAUGAAGCUGCAAGUGGAUGCCCUCAUCGACACCAUCAAGAAGUCGAAGCUGCAUUUUGUGCACUGCUUCCUGCCUGUGGCUGAGGGCUGGGCUGGGGAGCCCCGUUCCGCCUCCUCCCGCCGAGUCAGCAGCAGCAGUGAGCUGGACCUGCCCUCCGGAGACCACUGCGAGGCUGGGCUCCUGCAGCUCGACGUGCCCCUGCUCCGCACCCAGCUCCGCGGCUCCCGCCUGCUCGAUGCCAUGCGCAUGUAUCGCCAAGGUUACCCUGACCACAUGGUGUUUUCUGAGUUCCGCCGCCGCUUUGAUGUCCUGGCCCCGCACCUGACCAAGAAACACGGGCGUAACUACAUCGUGGUGGAUGAAAGGCGGGCGGUGGAGGAGCUGCUGGAGUGCUUGGAUCUGGAGAAGAGCAGCUGCUGCAUGGGCCUGAGCCGGGUGUUCUUCCGGGCGGGUACCUUGGCACGGCUAGAGGAGCAGCGGGACGAACAAACCAGCAGGAACCUAACCCUUUUCCAAGCAGCCUGCCGGGGCUACCUGGCCCGCCAGCACUUCAAGAAGAGAAAGAUCCAGGACCUGGCCAUUCGCUGUGUUCAGAAGAACAUCAAGAAGAACAAAGGGGUGAAGGACUGGCCCUGGUGGAAGCUCUUUACCACAGUGAGGCCCCUCAUUGAAGUACAGCUGUCAGAGGAGCAGAUCCGGAACAAAGACGAGGAGAUCCAGCAGCUGCGGAGCAAGCUCGAGAAGGUGGAAAAGGAGCGGAACGAGCUGCGGCUCAACAGUGACCGGCUGGAGAGCCGGAUCUCGGAGCUGACAUCGGAGCUGACAGAUGAGCGUAACACAGGAGAGUCUGCCUCCCAGCUGCUGGACGCGGAGACAGCAGAGAGGCUCCGGGCUGAGAAGGAGAUGAAGGAAUUGCAGACCCAGUAUGAUGCACUGAAGAAGCAGAUGGAGGUUAUGGAAAUGGAAGUGAUGGAGGCCCGUCUCAUCCGGGCAGCGGAGAUCAACGGGGAAGUGGAUGAUGAUGAUGCAGGUGGCGAGUGGCGGCUGAAGUACGAGCGGGCUGUGCGGGAGGUGGACUUCACCAAGAAACGGCUCCAGCAGGAGUUUGAGGACAAGCUGGAGGUGGAGCAGCAGAACAAGAGGCAGCUGGAGCGGCGGCUCGGGGACCUGCAGGCAGACAGUGAGGAGAGUCAGCGGGCUCUGCAGCAGCUCAAGAAGAAGUGCCAGCGGCUGACGGCUGAGCUGCAGGAUACCAAGCUGCACCUGGAGGGCCAGCAGGUCCGCAACCACGAGCUGGAGAAGAAGCAGAGGAGGUUUGACAGUGAGCUCUCGCAGGCGCAUGAGGAGGCCCAGCGGGAGAAGCUGCAGCGGGAGAAGCUGCAGCGGGAGAAGGACAUGCUCCUUGCUGAGGCUUUCAGCCUGAAGCAGCAACUAGAGGAAAAAGACAUGGAUAUUGCAGGGUUCACCCAGAAGGUUGUGUCACUAGAGGCAGAGCUCCAGGACAUUUCUUCCCAAGAGUCCAAGGAUGAGGCUUCUCUGGCCAAGGUCAAGAAACAGCUCCGGGACCUGGAGGCCAAAGUCAAGGAUCAGGAAGAAGAGCUGGAUGAGCAGGCAGGGACCAUCCAGAUGCUGGAGCAGGCCAAGCUGCGUCUGGAGAUGGAGAUGGAGCGAAUGAGACAGACCCAUUCUAAGGAGAUGGAGAGUCGGGAUGAGGAGGUGGAGGAGGCCCGGCAGUCGUGUCAGAAGAAGUUAAAACAGAUGGAGGUUCAGCUGGAGGAAGAGUAUGAGGACAAGCAGAAGGUGCUGCGAGAGAAGCGGGAGCUGGAGGGCAAGCUCGCCACCCUCAGCGACCAGGUGAACCGGCGGGACUUUGAGUCAGAGAAGCGGCUGCGGAAGGACCUGAAGCGCACCAAGGCCCUGCUGGCGGAUGCCCAGCUCAUGCUGGACCACCUGAAGAACAGCGCUCCCAGCAAGCGAGAGAUCGCCCAGCUCAAGAACCAGCUGGAGGAGUCAGAGUUCACCUGUGCGGCAGCCGUGAAAGCACGGAAAGCAAUGGAGGUAGAGAUCGAAGACCUGCACCUGCAGAUUGAUGACAUCGCCAAAGCCAAGACAGUGCUGGAGGAGCAGCUGAGCCGCCUUCAGCGUGAGAAGAAUGAAAUCCAGAACCGGCUAGAGGAGGAUCAGGAAGACAUGAACGAAUUGAUGAAAAAGCACAAGGCUGCCGUGGCUCAGGCUUCCCGGGACCUGGCUCAGAUAAAUGAUCUCCAAGCUCAGCUAGAAGAGGCCAACAAAGAGAAGCAGGAGCUGCAGGAGAAGCUACAAGCCCUCCAGAGCCAGGUGGAGUUCCUGGAGCAGUCCAUGGUGGACAAGUCCCUGGUGAGCAGGCAGGAAGCUAAGAUACGGGAGCUGGAGACACGCCUGGAGUUUGAAAGGACGCAAGUGAAACGGCUGGAGAGCCUGGCUAGCCGGCUCAAGGAAAACAUGGAGAAGCUUACUGAGGAGCGGGAUCAGCGCAUUGCAGCCGAGAACCGGGAGAAGGAACAGAACAAGCGGCUACAGAGGCAGCUCCGGGACACCAAGGAGGAGAUGGGCGAGCUUGCCAGGAAGGAGGCUGAGGCCAGCCGCAAGAAGCACGAACUGGAGAUGGAUCUAGAAAGCCUGGAGGCUGCUAACCAGAGCCUGCAGGCUGACCUAAAGCUGGCAUUCAAGCGCAUCGGGGACCUGCAGGCCGCCAUCGAGGAUGAGAUGGAGAGUGAUGAGAAUGAGGACCUCAUCAACAGUGAGGGAGACUCGGAUGUGGACUCGGAGCUGGAGGACCGGGUCGACGGGGUCAAAUCCUGGUUGUCAAAAAACAAGGGACCUUCCAAGGCAGCUUCUGAUGAUGGCAGCUUAAAGAGUUCCAGCCCCACCAGCUACUGGAAGUCCCUUGCCCCUGACCGGUCAGAUGAUGAGCACGACCCUCUCGACAACACCUCCAGACCCCGAUACUCCCACAGCUAUCUGAGUGACAGCGACACAGAGGCCAAGCUGACGGAGACUAACAAAUAGCCCAGGGGAGUAGUUCGCAGCCCUUUCACCCCACGGCCUGUGGCUGCCUGGGCACCACUCCCAGGAAGUGGUGGGGCGCCGGUCUCCCCCACCCGACUGCUGAUCUGCAUGGGAAACACCCUGACCUCCUUCUGUCAGGGGGACGUUCCAGGCUAUGGGUGUCUGAUGUCUCCACGUGGAAGAGGUGGGGGAAAGAGGAGUUUCUGAAGAGAACUUUUUGCUCCUCUCUGCCUCAAAAUGCCAGAUUCUUGGCUUCUACCCUGGGCCACCGUGGACAAUGGCAGGUGGCCUGGCACUGCAUGGCGCCAGCACAUUGACCUCCCUCUCAGCUCCCUGCUCAGGGACGGUGGACAGGUUGCCUACUGGGACACUCUAGGUUGCUGGGUCCAUGGGGAGGAUUGGGGGAGGAGCAGCAAUGCCUUCCCUCUCGUGUGGGGUGGGGGCUCUCUUCUUGGUGCCUGCUGUCUUUCUACUUUUUAAUUUAAAUACCCAACCUCUCCAUCACAGCUGCAUCCCUGAGAGUGGGAGGGGGCUGCAGGAGUAGCUGGGGCUCCCAAGAAUGACUCGGGAAUGUCAUCUCCAUCUUCACCCUUGAGAGAGCAGUCCUUUCUCUGUGCAGCUGGAGACAUUGGUGAGCAGAGCUGGGUCUAGGUUCUUACGAAUGAGUUCGGGAGGGGCUCUCCGGUACUGCUGGGCUGGGUUGAGCAAGCCUAUACAGACAAGUGUGCGUGUGGACCAUCCACACCUCCGGCCCCCACCCCACCCUCUUUGUCUCAGCGUGUUAUGUGCAAUGACCUAUUUAAGAUAAACCCAUUCCAACUACAGCAGUUCAGGGCUGAUCCAAGCACUGCCUCCCUCCUGCUCUGUCCAGGUAGCCUGGACCAUAAACUCAACUUGAGAGGGAAGACUUGGGGGUUGAGGGCUUGUCAUCAGAAAAACUGAAGAUGGAAGUUUUGGCCAUUAGACAUGAGUCCUCACUCUGUGUCCUGAGCCCAUGUCAUUCUUCUUCUUCCAACCUCCCUGCCCCCACACACUUACCCCAGACACAACACCAUGUGGUCUGGAGGUCCCAGCCCCCACCCUAAAAAGGUUAUCCCUAACAACUCCACCAGACUUGGGAGCCCAAGGGCAGUGCCUGGUGCUGCUCCCAUCUGCCACCCCUCUUCUCUCCUGCAAUUGGUUUGUACUCACUGGGCUGUGCUCUCCCCUGUUUACCCGAUGUAUGGAAAUAAAGGCCCUUUUCCUCCUGGC